AUGAGCGCCUCCUUCCCCUCCUUCUCCCACUCCCACUCCGCCUUCCCCCUGCCACAGGUCCCAGAAGACACCCUCCACUACACCAUCCACCUGCCCAUAUCCUACUCAGAUCCCUCCGCCACCGCUCUCUUAAUCAAUCAAUACGUCCACACUCUCCUCAGACACCCUUGGCUAUGGAACAAAGACUCGUGGGAGCUUAAAGUGGCAGACUUUGACUCAGAGAGGUCUUCUGAAGGGCCAAAGCUAGAGGGACGAAUGCGAGUCGGAGAUGCUGUCGAUGAUGAGUGGCUUGUCGUUUGGCUUCUGAGAGAAGUCAGCAGAAAGUGGCCAGAACUCAUUAUCAGCAUCCGAGACACAGAUGGAGAGUUCUUGCUCAUCGAAGCUGCCAACGAACUACCGUCUUGGGUUUCCCCAGACAAUGCUGACAAUCGGUUAUGGCUCCAAGGCGCUCAUCUUCAUCUGAUACCUCUAUCUGUCCGCUCGGCUGCUGCACCCCACCAACUCUCAGACGAUACGGACUCUGACCCAGCAGUCCAUUUGUCCGAAUCCGACGCCUUGCGUGCAGUGCGAACAGGCAAAUACCCCGCUAGUAAAGCGGUCGAGCGAGCUGUCUGGCAAAGAAUUGGUGGCUAUCCCGAUGCCAUGCGAACCCACUUUCACCGCACCAACAUCUACCUCCCCCUCGCCGUCGCCAAAGCUCUUCGCCAGCAGCCCGACUUGGUCCAAAAAGCCGUCGAAGCAUUCUACGUCCGCGACCCUGCCCAACUCCGUGCAGCCUCGAGGAUGACCCACUUCCCGCCCUCCCCUGCUGUGCUUACGAACAUCACGUUGACGAGGGCUGCUUAUGCGCAACUGCAAGGACAGGUGUUUCAUGCGCCAAGGGUGUUUGGGCCAGAGUGGCAUGUGAGGGACGGUGCUGAUCAAGGGUCAGAAAGCUCCCCAGAAAAGCUGGACGACCAGCGGAGAUGGAGGGAUUUGGGCGUAAAGGUCGCUACGGGUUUCGAAAUCAUGUACCGCGAAGGCGGUAAAUCCUCUCGGACCGGCGCUCAAGCUAGCAACGAAGUCACGCAGGGGCCAGAAUAUCAAACCUUUUUGGCCGAUCUGAAGAGGUCGGGCUGGUUUGGGGAGGAGCUGGAAGGCAGUCAGAAGUGGAAGGACCGUGAGGAAGAGGCGCGCAAAGGGUAUGCCGAGGUCAAAUCUGCAGAUGUGGCAUCCCAGAGACCGUCUUUUGCCUACUUGGUAGACAAUGCUGUAUCUUCCUCCACACUCUUCCCCGAAGAUUUGACAGCUUCUGCCGAUACCCCCGAAGACGACGACAAAUGGCUCGAGGUAUCGCCUGACGAGCUCGACGGGUUGAUGUUGCGUGCUUCUGGUCAGGACGGCACGAAAGGCGCACCGGGAAAUGAAGAGCGUAUGGAAGUAGGAGAGGAACACGGGCAGAUGCUUGGCGAUCUGGCAAAGAAGGUGCAAGAUUUCGUUGGGGGGCAAGGUGAUAUGCAAGGCGCGAGAUUCUUGGAUGAGCUCUCGGACGAAGAUAUGGACUCUGGGUCUGACUCUGAAGAGGACGAGGAAUUGAAAGCCCACAGAAGACAACUCGAAUCCGAGAAACAGUCCCGGCUGAGUAACCUCGUACCCAAUCUUGCUGUAGAAGAUUGGGGUCACAAGACUUCAAAACCUCCUGCACCAAAGCUCAACACCGACCCCGCGGCGGCUGCUCAGCCUACCCAGACCGAGAAGAAGGCCAACCCCUUGGAUUUCAUCCCUUCCACCAUGCGUCCCCCUCGAUUCGCGAAACAAAAAUUCGACGGCGUCGUCUCGGAUUCCGAUGACGAUGAUGAAGAUGACGGACAACUGCCUGCGGAAGGAACUUGGGGCCGAAAGAUUGCGCAAAUGAAAUGGGGCGAUUUCCCGCCUGUUGAUGGGGAAGAUGAUGCCGGCGUGGCCAAGAUUGAGGAAAUUGAAGAGGACGAAGAUGAGCAAGGGAGAAAGGAAAAGCUGGUGCUCGAAGACGAGGCACUGGAAGAACAGAUGAAACGCCGGGUAUGGGGAGAGGAUGAAGCAGAAGAGGAUGAGGAUGAUGAGAUGCCGGAGGAUAUCGAGGACGUGCAAAUGGAAGGGGAGGGGGACGAGACCCAGAAAUUCCUCGACUUCUCUCGGGAAGCGCUGGGUAUCAGUGAUGAGAUGUGGGAAGGGAUUCUGCAAGAAAGAAAGGAACGUGGGUCAUUCGUGCCAGAACUCAAGAAGAAGGAGAAGAUCGCAGCAAAGGAAGAAAAUGGAAAUUUCGAAGAUAAGCCGACAAAAGCUGGUCAGGGAAAGAAGGUGCAGUUCUCAGAAGAGAAGGUGGAAGUGGCGCCUGAACCAGGGCAGCCUAAUGCGUCGCUUGACUCGUUCGACUCGGUCAUGCGAGCUAUGGACGAAGCCCUCGCUCAAUCCCGCGCCUCUGCGCCUGCCCCCGCACCCAUAACAGGCUCCAAAGCCCCCAAGAAGUCCAAAUCCAAAGUUUCUUCAGCCAAUCCACUCCCCCCUGCUCCUCUUGGAGAAGACAUCGACUUUGACAAUUUCGACGAAGAUGAGCUUCUCGCCAUGGACCGUGAGCUCCGCUCCGUCCUCGUUGGUGCGGGCGUGGAUCCGGAUGCGUUGUCUGAUGAUGAUGAUGAUCCGGAGGAAGUGGGAAUGUUGGAUGGAGAGGGCAGGAAGGAGUAUGAGAUGAUGAAGAACUUUUUGGAAAGUUGGAAAAGCCAGGGAGGGGAAAGUGGAGCUGUUGGAAAUUUGUUUGGGAGGUUGGCGCAAGAUAAAAAGUAG